AUGUCCGAAUACACAAAUAUUAUCAACGGCAAACCUGUGCCUUCGCAAACCACCCUCGACGUCCAAAAUCCUGCUACACAAAAGAAGAUCGCCGAGGCCCCAGUUGCAACCAAAGAGCAGCUCGAUGAAGCUGUUGCUGCUGCCCGUGCUGCUCUCCCAGCUUGGUCUGCCAAGUCACAGGAUGAACGUGCGCAUGCUCUUGAAGAUAUCGCCAAGGUGAUUGAAAACAACAUUCCCAAAUAUAAACCUAUUCUUGUCUCGGAACAAGGCAAGACUUUGGCCAACGCCGAGAGGGAACUCGGCGGUUGCAUUAUGUGGCUGCGUGAGACCGCGAAGCUGCGCUUGCCCGAUAAGGUGAUUGUAGACAACGAACAGACGAGGAUCACUGAGCGCCGUGUGCCAAUUGGUGUGUGUGCAGGUAUUAUUCCCUGGAACUUCCCCUUGAUGCUCUGCAUCUGGAAAUUGGCCCCCGCUCUCCUGGCCGGCAAUACCAUGGUCCUCAAGCCCUCGCCUUUCACUCCUCUCACUACUCUCAAAUUCGUCCAGGACAUCCAAGCUGUUCUUCCGCCAGGCGUUGUCAACGUAUUGAGCGGUGACGACAGCCUCGGGCCUUGGAUUACCUCCCACCCAGGUAUUGACAAGGUCAGUUUCACCGGAUCGAGCGAGACGGGAAAGAAGGUUAUGGCGAGCGCAAGUACUGGUCUGAAGCGACUGACUCUUGAACUCGGCGGUAAUGACCCAGCCAUUAUUCUUCCUGACGUAGACGUUGCAAAGGUUGUGCCCAGUGUAUUCUGGGCUGCCCUCGUUAACAAUGGGCAAACAUGCGCUGCUGCCAAGCGUUUAUACGUGCACGAAAAGAUUUAUGACCAGUUCCGGGAUGAGCUUGCGAAAUUCGCCAAGACCGUCAAGACCGGGGAUGGCACUGACCCCGACUCUCAACUUGGCCCCGUCCAGAACCUGUUGCAAUACAAGAAGGUUUUAACUUUCUUUGAGGAUGCCAAGGCAAACGGUUACAAGUUUGUGACUGGCGGAGACGUGAACCCGAACCCGACCGAUGGACUAUUCAUCCCUGCCUCGUUUGUCGAUAACCCUCCCGAGGACUCGAAGAUCGUGCAGGAGGAACCCUUUGGACCGAUUGUGCCACUUCUAAAGUGGAGUGACGAGGCUGAUGUCAUUAGGCGUGCUAAUGACACUAACCUCGGUUUAUCCGCUUCCGUCUGGGGCAAGGACUUGGAUGCCGUCGAGAGAAUUGCGAAGCAGAUCCAGGCUGGAACUGUUUGUAUGAAUGAACUUCAACCCGCUACCCCGUUCUCCGCCUUUGGCGGACACAAGGAAUCUGGGAUUGGUGUUGAGGGUGGUAUGAAUGGGUUGCUAACUUACUCGAAUAUUCAGACCUUUACGCUCAAGAAGCAGGUCGCAUUUGCAUGA